AGUUCUGCAAUCGUACAGAGUAAACACAUCCAUGCAUGUUCGACGUUGUUGCCGAGAAGUUUCUCGACCCACUUUAUCUCUAUAAUUAUUUAUUUGGGAUAAGUUCUGCAACUCAAUAAUUGGACCUCUUGCUAGAUUGUAAUCGCGCAUACGUACUGUGAGUAUGACUUCUUCUUCAAUGGCCUUUCAAUCAGGAGCUUCUUCCUCUUCUUCAUCCUCUUCAUCUCCUUCCAUCCGUCCAUGGAGUCAUCAUGUAUUCUUGAGCUUUAGAGGUGAAGAUGUUCGUCAUAACUUUAUUUCCCAUCUAAACCAUGCUUUGGAUCAAAGGGGAAUCAAUACUUACAUAGACAAUAAUCUUGAAAGAGGAGAAGAGAUUUCACCCGCACUUUUCAAAGCUAUUGAAUGGUCAAUGAUUUCUAUCAUUGUAUUCUCUAAAAAUUAUGCAGAAUCAAGAUGGUGCUUAGAUGAGCUAUUGAAGAUUCUUGAUUGCAAGGAAACAAUGAAUCAAAUUGUUCUACCAAUUUUUUACCACGUAGAUCCAUCGGAAGUACGGCAUCAAAAAGGGAUUUUUGGAGAAUCUUUUGAUAAACUUGGAGAUAAACUCAAGGAUAACGCAAAGAUGCAGAAAUGGAAGGUAGCUUUGCAAAGAGUAGCUGAUUUGUCUGGUUUCCCAUUAGCGAAAUUCCGGGAUGAGUCAACAUUUAUCCAAGAAAUCAUUCAAUGGGUGGACAUAAGAAUAGUAAAUCAAACACCUUUAAGUGUUGCAUGGCAUCCAGUUGGGAUAGAGUCUCGUAUACGAGACAUUUAUGAUCAACAUUUAAAUAUCGGAAUGAAUGAUAUUAUAUGCGUGGUAGGGAUAUUCGGAACCGGUGGAAUUGGUAAGACAACUAUUUCAAAUGAUAUCUACAACCGGAUUUCUUCUCAAUUUGAAGGAAGUUGUUUCUUGAGAAAUAUUAGAGAAACUUUAAAACGGACAGGAGGUCUACUUGAGCUGCAAAAUACACUUCUGUCCAAGAUCUUAGGAACAAAAUUGAAUAUUGAUGAUGUUGACAGAGGAGUCAAUGUGAUUCGAGAUAGACUUCGCUCUAAAAGGAUUCUACUAGUUCUUGAUGACGUGGAUAAGAUGGACCAACUAGAAAAACUAGCUGGAGAUCGUGCUUGGUUUGGCUCAGGAAGUAGAAUUCUCAUCACAACAAGAGAUCAACACUUAUUAGAAGCCUUUGAAGUUGAUUCAAAAUACGAGAUGAUGAUUUUGGAUGAGAAUGAAGCUCUUCGACUGUUUAGCUUGCAUGCUUUCAAGAAAGACGAACCACUUGAAGAUUAUAUGAAACUCUCUAAACAAGUAAUAAAAUAUGCUCAAGGUCUUCCACUAGCUUUAAAAGUGCUAGGUUCAGAUCUACAAGGUCAAAGUAUACAUCAAUGGAAAAGUGCAUUGGAUGAAUAUAGAAAGAUUCCCAACAGUCAUAUUCAGGAAGUACUCUUAGUGAGUUAUGAUGGUCUGCGUGCUACUGAGAAGGAAAUAUUCCUUGAUAUUGUAUUUUUCUUCAAAGGAGAACCUUUAGCUAAUGUCAUGAAAAUAUUUGAUUGCUGUGGUUUUUCUCCGGUUCAUGGAAUCAAGAGGCUUAUAGACAAGUGUCUUAUUACUAUUGAAGAGUAUGAUGAAUGUGUUUGGAUGCAUGACUUGCUACAAAAUAUGGGACGUGAAAUUGUUCGACUAGAAUCACCCAAAGAACCUAGCAAACGUAGUAGACUGUGGUUUCAUGGGGAUAUCCGUGAAGUGUUGGAAGAAAUUACGCAGGGGCCAAACAAAAUUGAAGGCAUAGUAUUAGAUUUACCUGAAGGCGAGGAGGAGAUGAUAAGCUUGCAUCCGGAAGCAUUUCAACAUAUGAAAAGACUUAGAAUCUUUAUAAAUCGUAAUGCACGCUUUUCAUGUGGACCCAAUUAUCUAUCCGAGAAGUUAAGAUUACUUGAUUGGCCUCAAUAUCCUGAGGAGUCUUUGCCACGUAAUUUCCAAGGAAAGAAACUCAUUAUUUUGAGAAUGCGUGAUAGCCUAGUCAAGGAGUUAGGGGAUGGAUUCAAGCCCAAGAAUUUGACUACUAUGACUUUCUAUGGUUGUAACUUCCUAGAAAAGAUUCCGGAUCUUUCAAGCAUCUCACAUUUGAAGGAAUUGAGUGUCACAUAUUGUACAAGAUUAGUGGAGGUGCAUGAUUCCGUUGGAUCUUUGGAAAAUCUUUCUAUGUUGGAUUUUUAUAGAUGUUCCAAACUCCAAAUCCUUCCAAGAAGCCUCAAUUUGAGAUCUUUACGUUGGCUUAAUUUUAGUUCUUGCUCAAGCCUUCGUUAUCUUCCUGAAAUCGAGUGUAAAAUGGAAUGUUUAAGAUCGUUGCGUCUAAGUGGCACCGCAAUAGAAGAACUACCUUUAUCCAUUGGGAACCUGGUUGGACUUGAGCAUUUACUACUAUCCGACUGCCAAAACCUUAUGCGUCUCCCAAUUGCUUGCAUUUGGUUGCAACAUUUACAGGGACUCCACAUUGGUAGUUGUCCAAAUCUUGUACGUGAAGAACGACUCCAUGAAUUGGCGCCUCCAACGAAUUCAAGCAAUGGGAGCACUGCAUUACAAGUAUCGAAUCUUCAAAUUAGUUGUUCCCAUUCAGAAUCAAAUUUCUUUCCAAUAUCUAGUUUCUUUACCAUGUUUAACUCCUCGGCCAGUUUGGAUCAUUUAAAUCUAUCGGGGUCUGAAAUUGUUUGCCUUCCCACAAGCAUCAAAGAAUUCAUUGCACUAACUGUACUUUACUUGCACUCUUGUGAGAAACUUGAAGAAAUAAUAGAGCUUCCACCAAAUAUAAGACACGUAGAUGUUAUUGGAUGCAAGUCAUUAGAGAGAUUUUCGGAAGUAUCAAAAAUAUUGGAAUUCAAUGGAAGCCACAUCAAAUCGCUAGAAGAAAUUAGAUUGUUUGGCUGCGACAAAAUGCAUGUGAAUAUAUGGAAUGAUAAAGUGCAAAAUCCAUUAUUGUGGAAGGGAGUCUAUGAAUAUGAUGCUACUUUGUUUCCAGAAAAUCAGAUUCCAGAGUGGUUGAGUUAUGUUCAUGAGUUUUUAAAAGAUAAUGAUGAUGGCAGACGGAGGAAAAAACAAGAAGAGUGGGUAAUAGAUAUUGAGGGGCCACACUAUUUGGAGGAUAUAAGCGGAAUUGUAUUAUAUCUCGUAAUAUAUUUUAAAGAUGCUUCAAGCUGGACGAGAGGUAUUGAUUAUGCUAAGAUAACCAGUAACAGCUCAAAUCAUGUAUGUUGUAUUCAAGAACGGGUACGAUUGGUUAAUAUGGAUUGGUACGGAUCAGAAAUGCAAAAUAUGCCUGGAUAUGUUGUAUGGGUGGGGUACUCCAAUUUACAAUCUUUUGAACUGAAGGUUUUGGAUAAUUUGCGAGUUCAAUUUGAUUUCCAUCCUCGUUACCCUGGGAUGGUGCCGUUUUAUAAAAGUUGCAGAGCCAAAGUGGUAUACAAGAAUGAAAGGAGAGCAAAUAAAAAAGAAAAAUGGAUGAAAUGGAAAAAGAUAUUGAAGUUUCAUGUAGCAGUGAGAGAACAUACAAGCACUUGUGCAGCAGUGGGAGGAAACAACUCUGGGGGGCCAUCAUAUUUGCCAAAACCUGUCAACUCCAUUCAAUGCAUCCAAAUCAGAGUGAAGAAACUCUUCCAGUAAUCACUGAAGCAGUCAACAGAAAACUGGAUAAGAUGAUCAUAGAAGGAGAUUUUCUAGUGCUAACCACAGCAUUUCAAAAACGCCCACAUAAACUUCGUUUCUCAUAGACCAUAUAUG